CAACUGGCCUGAAGGCCCUCUACCCUGCAGGGCAGCCCCUGGAGCAUGGGCCCCUCCUGACUCCCGUCUCAGCCUCAUGCUCCUCACGGUCAAGCUGCUCCUGGGCCGACGAUGCAGGCUGCAGGUGUCGGGGCAGGAGAGCGUGGCAGCCCUGAAGCAGCUGGUGUGGCAGCGGCUGCAGGUGCCGGUGGAGCAGCAGCACCUGCUCUUCCACGGCCAGAUCCUGGCCGAUGACAAGCGGCUCUGUGACUACAGCAUCGGGCCCAACGCCUCUAUCAAUGUCAUCAUGCGGCCCCUGGAGGAGAAGGCCGACUCUGCAGAGGUCCACAGGCCCCAGCCCCUCUGGCACCACCUGCGCCAGGUCCUGGACAAACAUUUCCGGCCCCAGGAUGCCGAGGAGGUGCUGCAGCUGCUGAAGCAGGAACACGAGGAGCGCCUGCAGAAGGUGAGCCUAGGCCACCUGGAGCAGCUGGCACAUGACCUCCUGAUGGAAGAGGAGCAGGCUGAGUCCACAGGAGAGGUGGAGCCCGGGGCCACAGACUCCACAUCCCCACACAAGGAGGAAGAGAGGGAAGCAGCGGAGAAGGAGGAGGGAGCAAAGGAGGAGGAGGCUGAUCAGUAAACUGGCCAUCCUGCUUGUGAGCAUGACCAGCCUCCCAGCCUCACCCUAUUUCCCCACUGGGUCCUGUCUGGUCCUGUGGGUGGAGCUGCAUUCUCACCCUUUCUCGAAACAUCAGAGCAGCUGGAAGAA